CAGUGCAUACGAAACUGUCUCUAGGACCCAGUGUUCCUCCUCCUCACCCUUUGUAGUGUGUGUGUGCGUGUGCGUGUGUGAGUGUGCGUGUGUGUGUGUGUGCGUGUGUGUGUGUGUGUGGAGAUGAGGGAGACUGAGAUGUGCUUCUUGCCUAUCACGAAUCACAUCGAGCUUUUCACCAGCUGAGGGGGAAUGCUGAACAGGGCAAUUUGACGCCAGGAUCAGCUCCCCACAACUGCUGCUUUUUUUCAUUUAUUUAUUUAUUUAAAAAAAGAAGCUUUUAUUUCAUUUCAGUCCAUCUCAUUAAUAUCAUAUACAUUUUUUUGGGUUCAUUUUUGGGACACUAUGAAAGCCAGUGCGUUUCGGCUGCAUUCCUGCUGCUGGCCGGGACUAUGAUUUAUCAGUGCUCGCAGCUUUGUUCUCAUGACACACUUGCACUCAUUCAGUCUCAUCAAAACAGCAGAGAGCGGUGAUUUCUCUUUAACUUUCUUGCAUCUUCGACGAAUCCGGCUGCAGCAGGUACUUUCUGCACUUGAGCGGCUGUCCUGCUGCGUGUAGGUGUCGGAGCAGCCAUGUGGAGCAGAGAGAGCGCUCCUCCACUUCUCGUCUGCCUGCUGGCGCUCACAGCUCUCUGGAAAACCAGGUCAGUGAAUGCCGAUACCACAUCUGAUGCCUUUAACACCAACAUCACCCUGUUCACACGUAUCCUGGACAGCCUGCUGGAUGGAUAUGACAACCGUCUACGGCCAGGUCUUGGUGACAGGAUAACUGAGGUGAAGACAAACAUCUACGUCACCAGCUUUGGACCAGUUUCAGACACAGACAUGGAGUACACCAUAGAUGUUUUCUUCCGGCAAAGCUGGAAGGAUGAGAGGUUGAAAUUUCACGGACCAAUGAAUACUCUGCCCCUCAACAACCUGAUGGCCAGUAAGAUCUGGACUCCGGACACCUUCUUCCACAAUGGGAAAAAGUCCGUGGCUCACAACAUGACCAUGCCUAAUAAGCUGCUGAGGAUCAAAGAUGAUGGGACUCUGCUGUACACCAUGAGGUUAACUGUGCAUGCAGAGUGCCCAAUGCAUCUGGAGGAUUUCCCCAUGGACUUUCAUUCCUGUCCACUCAAAUUUGGCAGCUAUGCGUACACAAUCUCAGAAGUGACUUAUGCUUGGACUCUAAAUGCCUCUGACUCUGUGGUGGUGGAAGGAGAAAGCUCCCGCUUGAACCAGUACGACCUGCUUGGACAAACGGUCGGACAAGAAACUAUCAAAUCGAGUACAGGUAAGCUGAUGUGGAGGUCCAUUUAUUGCUAUUCGUCUCUUGCGCCCGUGAAGAAGCUGCAGAGCAGCUAUGGAGCAGUAGAAGUGGCACUCGCACAAUUUUCUUUUCGUGCACGUGCAGGCGUCACCACCGUCCUCACCAUGACGACGCUGAGUAUAAGCGCGAGGAACUCCCUCCCCAAGGUCGCCUACGCCACCGCCAUGGACUGGUUCAUCGCCGUCUGCUACGCCUUCGUCUUCUCCGCCCUGAUCGAGUUCGCCACCGUCAACUACUUCACGAAGCGCGGCUGGGCCUGGGACGGAAAGAGCAUCGUGACUGAAAAGAAAAAAGAGCGGGCGUCUGUCGCCAAGAAGAACAACGCCUACGCUGUAGCGGUGGCCAACUACGCGCCAAACAUCACCAAGGACUCCGGCACACUACCAACCAUCGCCAAAGGCGGAACUUUUGAUCCCAACAAGCCCAGAGCAGACAGCAAAGUCUCCGACUGCAAGAAGUCGUUCAACAGCGUCAGCAAAAUUGACAGGAUGUCGAGGGUUUUGUUUCCGGUUCUCUUUAGCAGCUUCAACCUGGUUUACUGGGCCACCUACUUAAACAGAGAACCCAUUAUAAAGGACAUGGUCCCCUCUACUUAGAGGCCAGCUAUGACGGGUUCUGGUCCGGGGACUAAGAGAUGAACCAAAUACCUCCAGCAACUGUGUACACAUACCUUUGCAGAGUGAAGUCCUGGAUUGCAGUGUGAUCCUCUAUCUCCGCCUGUUUUCUACACCGUCUGCAGCUCUUUUGAAAAGGCCGGCUUUUGUAAAUGUGUAUGUAUAUUUAUAUUCAUGGUGAUAUAUGGUGUGAUUACUUUGAUUAGAGUGCAUAUUUCCUUGACAGUAUGUUUCCAGUUACAGUAUGUGGCCACUGUACAUACAAAUCCAAUGAGGAGUAAACACAUAAACAUGAACACAUAUGUUUUAUUUAGGAUUACUUCUAAAUGUGUUGAAUUGUUCUGGUAACGCCCACUCUUAAUAUUACCGUAUUUAUUUGUGUGAAAGGGACUGAUUUUUCUCAUCUUUCUUUGCCACAUAAGAGUGGCCUGAAUUUUUGUUUUCUGUCCAAGCCAAUGCAAAAACACACAUGUAUGAUAUUGUUACAGUGUAAACGGUGUUUUCUUGUCUGUGACUGCAGGUACGGGGCUGCAAUCACACUGACCUCAAGAAUUAUUGAAACACUCCAAGACGCCAAAAACAUAGGAAGCCGCAACAUUAGUGUGCUUGUGCAUGUGAUCGCGUUCAGUGUUGAGGUAAAACUCUAGCAGUUAAGUCAUGAAUGCUUCAUUUAUUUCCAUGACAUCACUAUUGUUUUCAUUCAUGAAUCAUUAUAUAUGGAAAAAGCUGAUAUUCAGUCAAAAAGAUGCCGUUACUGAAUCGGACGAAGCUCUGAAUGGUAUGUUAAAUACGUGCGUGCUGUCAGGUACACGGGCAGAGUUUAGUCUUUUUUUACAUAAAAUAAACUCAAAUAUAAAGACAAAUAUAUUGUCAAUAGAAACAUCAUUAACUGAAAUAACCUGCAAUUUAACAUAUGUGAAAAUGGAUUUCUAAUUUUUGACCUGUAGCAGAAAAACCCCGUACAAAGCUGACAGACACACAGCCCCGACCAAGUAAUGUCUGAUAACGUUUUUGGCCAAUGUAUUAGCAAACAAAGUGCCUAUUUAUGCAUCCAACAGACAGUAGCAAUAUUAUCAUCACAUUGGACGUUUUUUCUUCCUUACAAAUGUACUCGCUCUCCUUUUUGCUCUGUUUUGGUCCCCACCAACUCCUGUGUUCAGCAGUUUAGAUCUUUGAAUUUCUUCACCAGCAAGCUAAAUUGCCUACUUAGCUUAGACUUGUCUGUCAUUUGGUACAGUACAGCACAGUACAGGACAGUACAGGACAGUACAGGACAGUACAGUCGGUUUGAGGCACGCAGUCAAUGUUCUGUAGCGCUUUAAAGAAUGAGCCACGAGAGGCUAAGAAAGCAACUCAGAGCAGCAGAGCGAGGUGACUAUUUUCUUUAGGUACAUCAACCCCUCUCACCUUAGCAUUCGCACAUACGGAUUAGGGAUUUAAAAAAAAUGAUCUAUGGCAUAUCAAUAAUAACAGAAUAUAAACAGAAUAUAUCGCUAACAGCACAAAAAAAUUCAGAGAUGGCAAAUUUAGAAGAAAAGCAUGAACAUUUUGCUGCACAAGCACAAUAAUAUGCAUUAUUUUUUUUAUUAUUUUGUAUGUUUCUAUUUUAUUCUGUAUAUUUAUUUAUUUUAGCAAGAUUAAACAAUAUACAAACAUAUUCAUAUGCCAAUUACUGGUUUGAAUGUCCUGAGAUACACAUGAAAGGUGAAUAUCACAGCUCUUUGUUGGCUUGCCCGUGAUGUUGGUGGUAACUCUGGAGGACAGUGUGGAUUUGCCGGUGUAGACUGGAGCACCGUGGCAGAACUAAUCAGCAUAUUCUGCCAUUACAAAUUUUAGGUCAUUAUUCAUAUCCAGUGUCUGGCUCCUCAAAACACAUUUCAUGAUCCCACAAGCUAUUCUGAACCAAUUACAGAUAUGAGAGGGACCGGCCCGUGAACACAGGACCGCUCUGUGCCAACAGGAACUCCAGUGAAUCAUGCGUGGAUGAUAGUCACAUUCCUCUGCCAGAAAUGAUUCUGUGUAACGGGCCUCAAGUGAGACGACGCAGCCAGGAUUCGGGACUAAAUCAUUAUCUUUUGUUAACAUCAUGAAGUUGUAGUUUCAACUCAUAUCUGUAUGCAGAUCGAUUGCUGUUUACACUAAAACUUUGGACCAGCUCAGAAGCCAUAUACAGUCAUCAUGUAAUCCACCUCCAUCAGCGUCAAUACAACAGGGACAACCAAUGAUUGUACUUUAUGAGCAUAUGUAGUGUUGUAUAGACCUAUUUUGAAGACAGAGUCUGCUAUAGAAAUCAUGUUCAGCCCCAUAUCAGUAGCCAUAUACAGUCUGGUACGCUGCUGUGUUACCUUUUCACCAUAGAGUGAUAUGAUUUUGCUUCACAUUAAUAUUUAGGGCCCGAGCACCGAUGUAGUCGAAGCGGAGGACCUAUUGUUAUUCUAAUGUUUAUUAUUA